AUGUUCUCGGGCGCGGUGAAGAUCGCGCCCGACGCUCUGAACGACUUCAUCGCCCCCUCGCAGGACUGCGUCGUCGCUCUCGACGGUGUCGCCCUGCGUCGACGUAAACCGCGCGAAGACGACGCCAUGGCCGUGGAUGCCGAGCCAACGUCGACUUUCACACCGACGAUGACGCAGGGCGACGCGCUGAAGGUGUCGCUGAGCGAUUGCUUGGCGUGCAGCGGUUGCGUGACGAGCGCGGAGAGCGUGCUGCUGGAACAACAAUCCGUGGAUGAGUUCGCACAGGCGUGCGCGCGCGCGCGGAGCGACGGAACGAGCGUCGUCGUCGCGAGCGUCAGCCCGCAGUCGUUGAUGAGCCUGAGCGAGGCGUAUGGAUUGGGAGUGGAGGAGACGCGCGCGCGGCUUGGCGGGCUGUUGAAGGCGGGAUUCGGCGCGGCGAGGGCGUUUGAUACGUCAUUUAGUCGGGAUAUAGCGCUCGUGGAGACGUUUGCAGAGUUUACGGAGUGGAUGCGAGACGGCGCGAGGACGCCGAUGUUGGCGAGUGCGUGUCCGGGGUGGGUGUGUUACGCGGAGAAGACGCACGGCGAACUCGCGGUGCCGCACAUGGCAACGACGAAGAGUCCGCAGCAAAUCAUGGGAAGGUUUGUGAAGAGCGCGGUCGCGCGCGAACUUGGCGUACCAGCACAUAACGUGUACCACGUGAGCGUGAUGCCGUGCUACGACAAAAAGCUCGAGGCGACUCGCGAUGAUUUCGAGAGCGACGGUGUCAAGGAUGUCGACGUCGUGCUCACGACGGGCGAGGUGGCUUUGUUAUUAGAAAAGGCUGGUUUGUGCCAUUUGAGAGACGCGCCGGCAAAUGAUUUUGACGCAUUCGUGAGCACAAACGAACAAGCACCAGAAAGUGUGUGCGCAGCGCCGGCGGUAUCGGGAUCUGGGGGAUACGCCGAGUACGUUUUCCGGCGCGCGGCGGCGGAGUUGUUCAAUGCUCCGAUAACUGGAGAGAUUGACUGGGUCAAGAUGCGCAACGCGGACAUGCGUGAGGCCACACUAACGAUCAAUGGUGAAGCUGUUCUACGCGUGGCUGUCGCGUAUGGUUUCAGAAACAUUCAAAAUCUUGUUCGAAGCAUCAAAUUAAAAAAGAGCAAGCACCAUUUCGUCGAGAUAAUGGCGUGUCCUUCGGGAUGCUUGAAUGGCGGCGGUCAAAUCCCAGCGCGCGAGGGAACUGCGAACAAAGAAUUGAUCGACAGACUGGAUGAUACGUAUAGGGAAAACGCACGCGCACGACCGAUGGCGGAUGUGUCGACGCUCUAUCGCGAAUGGAUCGGCGGAAAUCCAGGAUCGUCAAACGCUCGCGAAGCGCUUCGAACGCAAUAUCACAUUCGCGCAAAAUCCGUCGGAGUCGUCCAACUGAACAGUUGGUAG